UGGCCGAUGGCGGCGGACCCAUUGUGGGGAAGGUCCUGGGAACAAUAUGGAUGCAAAAUAUUAUGAAGCAUAUUUACAUGAAUGGAGAUCUGCAGACAGGAGAGUGCAAACCAUCUUAUUCUGAAGUUCCCUGGCUGGAGUUAACACACAAGGAGAUUAAUACUGAUGAUCGUCCAUCACCACGUUUGUUUGUUACACAUCUACCUUAUCAACUGAUACCAAAAGCUCUAAAGAACAAAACGACUAAGGUUAUCUAUGUGUACAGAAACCCAAAGGAUGUUGCAGUUUCUUACUAUCAUUUUCACAAAUUUGCUAAUUAUUUGGAAACCCCAAAAAACUUUGGAGCUUUUCUGCAGACAUUUCUGAAUGGCCAAGUGGAUUAUGACAGCUGGUUUGAUCAUGUUAGGAACUGGUAUGAUCACAGGCAUGAAUUCAACAUUAUGUUCCAGUCAUAUGAAGAGAUGAUCAAGGAUUUGAGAGUGGCAGUACUGAAAUUCAUCAACUUUCUUGGAAGGUCUCUGGAUAAUAAAAGUGUUGACAUAAUUGUGGAGCGCUCUACUUUUAAGAAUAUGAAAUCAAACCCAAAAUCAAACUACGAAAAUGCAGGAUUUCCUACCUUUGAUAAUUCAGUUGUAGGAUUUAUGAGAAAAGGGAUAGUAGGCGACUGGAAAAACCAUUUCACCGUGGCUGAAAAUGAGAUGUUUGAUAGACUAUUCCAGGAGAAAAUGAAAGGCGUUCCUCUGAAGUACACAUGGGAAAUUAAUGACUGAAAAUGUUGUUUUUUCCCCAGACAAUGCAUACAGUGCACUGCAAACUGUCUUUUGAUUUCAUCAAGGUUUAGAACAAA